CUGAGAUGUUUCCAGCGGGCUCUAAUCCAGAGUCAGACUAAAGUAGGCAGCUGCCAAGCUGUGGGCUCCGUGUGGGAUGAGUCACUAUUGUGCUGUAUCCGCAGGUUGCGCCGGUUCGUGAUGAGGAAAUAGCUCCUGAGCAGAUUUCAAAUGUACAAAUGGAAACUUAAGAAGAUAACUUCUUGUAAUGAUGUGCUUUUUAUUUUCUGAGGACUGCAUAAAUGCUUCUCUCACAAAGAAACGAAAAAAUGGCUGUAAACGUCCCUCAGCAUUAAGACGUGCCAUAUAAGCUGUGCCCUAUCGCUGCAUGGAUUUGGUACCUCAGUAAGGAUGCAACUGUGUUGUGAAUCUGUAAAUGGCUCUUGCAUAAAGAGCAGCUGGUCAAACAGUAUCCGCAUUUCCAUGUAUAUCUUCAUGGUUUGCAUUAUUCUGGCCACAGUGUUUGGAAAUCUUAUGGUUAUCAUCUCAAUAUCACAUUUUAAGCAGCUCCACACGCCUACCAACUUCUUGAUACUUUCCAUGGCCACAGCUGACUUUUUGCUGGGAUUCCUCGUCAUGCCUUGCAGCAUGGUGCGCUCUGUUGAGCACUGCUGGUAUUUUGGCGACUUCUUCUGCAAGAUCCACACAAGCAUGGACAUUAUGCUGAGCACAGCUUCCAUCUUCCAUCUUUCUUUCAUAUCCAUUGAUCGUUACUAUGCUGUGUGUGACCCUCUAAGAUACAAAUCAAAGAUAAAUACUUUUGUUAUCCUGGUCAUGAUAUUCAUAAGUUGGACUGUCCCUGCUGGUUUUGCUUUUGGGAUGAUCUUUCUAGAACUAAAUCUGCUAGGAGCAGAAGAGAUUUAUAAUCACAUCCAUUGUGCAGGAGGAUGCUUUCUCUUCUUUAGUGAAACUUCAGGUGUUGUGGCCUCCGUAGUGUCUUUUUACAUCCCUGGAUUUGUUAUGCUGUAUGUCUAUAGGAAGAUAUACUCUAUAGCCAAGAGGCAUGCAAGAUCCAUUGAAGCAAUUAGCCAAAAGAAGAGAUGUGAAAUGAAGCACCACAUUUCAUGCUGCAGAGAAAGGAAAGCUGCAAGGACAUUAUGUAUAAUAAUGGGAGUAUUUUUUAUAUGCUGGAGCCCAUUCUUCUUCCUUACAGCAACUGAUCCAUUUAUGAAUUAUAUGGCUCCUCCUAUUCUCAUUGAUGCUUUGGUUUGGUUUGGUUAUUUAAAUUCUGCAUUUAAUCCAAUUGUUUAUGCAUUUUUUUACAUGUGGUUUCGCAAAGCAUUAAAGAUUAUUCUUUUUGGAAACAUUUUUCAAAGGGACUCUUCAAGGAUUCAAUUAUUUUUAGAGUGACAUCCUUUAAAUGGUUGGGUUUCUGGCUUUGAGAUCUUGUCUAGAGGCUGACCUCCAGGAAAGAAGAGCUGAAAAUGACAGAGGAAACUCCUAUUUGCUUGGUAACUUAUCAAAUUUGGUCAAGCAGAUAAGAAACUAUUAUGUUUUAUUCUUUCAUUCAAGACUGGGAGUUAUAGUGUUUUGCUAUAGCUAUUUAUAUGCCUUGCAGAGGAAAGCAAAACCUAGGUUAAAAAAAAAAAUACCCACAGCAGCUUAUUAACUGUUUUUAAUCAUUAAGAAGUGCUUCUGAUACAACAGGCCAUAUUUUUAAAAAUAUGUAUUUCUGGUUAUUUGCUGUCCUCUGACAAGAUCAGAAAAGCCUUUCAUUUUGAAUAUACAGACAUCUUUGAGUAAAAACCCAAAGCUUUUAAGUUUUGUCCCUCCACUUCAGUAUGCAUGCAGAAGUCAAAACAGGCCAAGGUACAGUUAUGCCAGUAUGCUACACAGAGGGAAGAUGGGAAAAAGAGAAGUCAUGCUGCUCCUUCUCUUUCUAUUUCAACUAGUGCUUGUCACUUUUGUCAUUUAAAGGCUUUCCUGCUUAAUGAGGUCAAAAGCAUCU